GUCGGAGGGAGAACACCAGGCGCGGCGCGGGCGGCUCCGGCUCCGACUCCGGCCCCGGCCCGGGAGAGGCGAUGGCGAGCCGCGAUAGCAACCACGCUGGCGAGAGCUUUCUCGGCUCCGACGGGGACGAGGAGGCGACCCGGGAGCUGGAGACAGAGGAGGAGUCGGAGGGCGAGGAGGACGAGACGGCGGCGGAGUCGGAGGAGGAGCCGGACGCCAGGUUGUCAGACCAGGAUGAAGAGGGAAAGAUCAAGCAGGAGUGUAUCAUAUCUGACCCCUCAUUUUCCAUGGUGACAGUCCAAAGGGAAGAUAGUGGGAUAACCUGGGAAACCAAUUCAAGUAGAUCUUCUACUCCUUGGGCUUCAGAAGAAAGUCAGACUUCCGGUGUGUGUAGUCGAGAAGGGUCAACUGUGAAUUCUCCUCCUGGAAAUGUUUCCUUUAUUGUGGAUGAAGUGAAAAAGGUUCAGAAAAGGACUCAUAAGUCAAAGCAUGGUUCACCAUCAUUACGCCGGAAAGGCAACAAAAAAAGAAAUUCAUUUGAAUCCCAAGAUGUUCCAACAAACAAAAAAGGCAGUCCUUUAACUUCAGCAAGCCAGAUACUAACCACGGAGAAAGAGAAGUCAUAUACUGGUGUUUAUGAUAAAGCAAGAAAAAAGAAGACCCCUUCAAAUACACCUCCGAUCACUGGGGCAAUAUACAAAGAACACAAGCCAUUAGUGUUAAGACCAGUCUACAUAGGAACAGUACAAUAUAAAAUUAAGAUGUUUAAUUCAGUUAAAGAAGAAUUAAUUCCUCUACAAUUUUAUGGAACAUUACCAAAGGGUUAUGUAAUUAAAGAAAUACAUUAUAGGAAAGGGAAAGAUGCAUCCAUUAGUCUAGAGCCAGAUUUGGACAAUAGUGAUUCUAAUACAGUGUCCAAAACAAGCAAAUUAGUAGCCCAAAGCAUAGAGGAUAAAGUGAAAGAGGUUGCUCCACCCUGGAGAGGCUCAAUCUCCAAAGGAUCAGAAUCCCUAACCUCAAUGUUCAGUCACGAAGAUCAAAAGAAAAUUUGUGCUGAUUCUCGCCUAAAUGCCACAUCUGCAUUGGAGCACACAGUUCCCUCUUAUUCAAGUAGUGACAGAGCAGAACAAGGAAUACAGCUCAGGCAUUCACAGUCAGUGCCACAACAGCCAGAAGAUGAAGCAAAACCACAUGAAGUGGAGCCUCCAUCUGUGACACCCGGCACACCUGCAACUGUGUUCCUGAGAACAGCAAAGGAAGAAUGUGAGCUUGCUUCACCAGGAACUGCAGCUUCAGAGAAUGACUCUUCAGUCUCACCGUCAUUUACUAAUGAGGUAAAGAAGGAAGACGUGUAUUCUGCUCACCAUUCCAUUUCUCUGGAGGCAGCGUUACCAGAUCUGGCAGCAUCUACCCAGGAUGGUUUGGACCCAGAUCAAGAACAGCCAGACCUGACUUCACUAGAAAGGGCAGAACCAGUCCCUGCAAAACUGACCCCUACCCAUCCCAGUGUCAAAGGAGAGAAGGAAGAAAAUGUGCUUGAGCCAUCCAUUUCUCUUUCUGAACCUCUAAUGUUAGAAGAACCAGAGAAAGAAGAAAUAGACACUUCCCUACCUGUAGCUGCUACCCCUGAACCUGAAGAUUCUAAUUUAGUAGAAGAAGAGAUCAUAGAACUUGAUUACCCAGAAAGCCCAUUAGUUUCCGAGAAGCCCUUCCCACCACAUAUGUCCCCUGAAGUGGAGCAUGAAGAAGAGGCGCUUAUUCUACCAUUAUUGGCAACAUCAACUCCUGAACAUGUUGCUUUGUCUGAGGAAGAAAGAGAGGAAAUUGCAUCUGUUUCUACCGAUUCUGCUUUCAUAUCAGAGUAUUCAGUACCACAGGAUUUGAACCAUGAACUAGAGAAGCGAGAAAGUGAGCCAGUUUCUCCAUCCAAUGUAGAAGCUAUAGCCGAACAUGCAGUUUUGUCAGAAGAAGAGAAUGAGGAAUUUGAGGCUUAUUCCCCAGCUGCAGCCUCUGCGUCUGAGCGCUCGCUCUCACCAUCCACAACUGAGAUGACUUUGGAGAGUCAGUCUCCGCUGUUUUCAACAGUUACACCAGAACACAUGGUCCUAUCAGGAGAUGAGGCCUCAGAAAGUGGGUGUUAUACACCAGACUCCACAUCUGCUUCUGAAUAUUCAGUUCCAUCACAGGCAACAAAAGAGUCACUGAAGAAAGUAAUUGACCAUAAGUCCCCGUUAAUAUCGAAAGGUGUUUCUGAGCACAUGAUUCCAUCAGAAGAGAAGGAAGACACUGGAUCGUUUACUCUAGCUGUGACCUCUGCUGCUGAGCCCUCUCUCUCACCAUCCACAACUGAGAAGACUUCUGAAUGCCAGUCACCACUGCCUUCUACUGCCACAUCAGAACACGUGGUCCCAUCAGAAGGAGAGGACCUAGGAAGUGAAUGUUUCACACCAGAUUCAAAGUUGAUCUCCAAAUAUGCAGCCCCACUCAAUGCAACACAGGAACCUCAAAAGAAAAUAAUUGAUGAGGCAUCCCAAUUCAAACUGAAAGGUAUUUCUGAGCACACGGUUCUGUCAGUAGAAGGGAAGGAGGACAUUGGACCAUCUUCCCCAGAUUCGGUCGUUGCAUCUGAACACUCUUUCCCACCACACACAACCGAGGUGACUUCUGAAUGCCAGGCCCCACCACUUUCAGCCACCCCAUCUGAAUAUGUGGUUCUAUCAGAUGAAGAGACAGUCGAGUUGGAGCGGUACACACCCUCUUCCACGUCUGCUUCUGAAUUUUCAGUACCACCAUAUGCAACACCGGAGGCACAGGAGGAAGAAAUUGUCCACAGAUCUCUAAAUCUAAAAGGUGCAUCCUCACCCACGAAUUUAUCAGAGGAAGAUCAAGAAGACAUUGGACCUUUUUCUCCAGAUUCUGCAUUUGCGUCAGAAUUCUCAUUUCCACCGUAUGCAACCCAGGAAGCAGAGAAAAGAGAAUUUGAGUGCGAUUCUCCAAUAUGUUUAACAUCGCCAUCUGAGCACACUAUUUUGUCAGAUGAAGACACUGAAGAAGCGGAACUGUUCUCUCCAGACUCAGCAUCACAAGUUUCAAUCCCUCCAUUCAGAAUCUCAGAAACAGAGAAAAAUGAACUUGAGCCUGAUUCACUAUUAACUGCAGUGUCUGCUUCAGGGUAUUCCUGCUUUUCAGAAGCAGAUGAGGAAGACAUUGGAUCUACAGCUGCUACACCUGUAUCUGAGCAGUUCAGUUCAUCACAGAAGCAAAAAUCUGAAACUUUCCCUUUGAUAUCUCCACUUGAAGACUUGAGUCUGCCGCCUUCAACAGAUAAAUCAGAGAAAGCAGAAAUUAAGCCAGAUAUUCCAACAACCUCAGCAUCUGUAUCUGAAUAUCUAAUUUUGGCACAGAAGCAGAAAACUCAAGCAUAUUUAGAGCCUGAGUCUGAAGACUUGAUUCCUCCACAUUUAACCAGUGAAGUGAAGAAGGGAGAAAGGGAGGCAAGUUCAUCAGUAGCUGCAAUACCUGCUUCUUUACCUGCACAAUCAUCUAUAGUAAAGGAAGAAACCAAACCUGCAUCUCCACAUUCGGUUUUACCUGAUUCAGUCCCUGCAAUCAAGAAAGAACAGGAACCCACAGCGGCACUCACUGUAAAAGCUGCAGAUGAACAGAUGGCUUUGUCAAAAGUCAGAAAGGAAGAAAUUGUGCCUGAUUCUCAAGAAGCUACAGCACAUGUAUCACAGGAUCAAAAAAUGGAGCCUCAGCCUCCAAAUAUUCCAGGGUUUGAGAUGAAAUAUUCAGUUUUGCCUGAUGUGGUAGAUGAGCCAAAGAAGGGUGUCAAGCCCAAAUUAGUUCUAAAUGUGACUUCUGAACUAGAACAGAGAAAGUUGUCUGAGAACGAGCCUGAAGUAAUAAAACCGUGUUCACCUCUAAAGGAAACAUCUUUAUCUGGACCUGAGGUUUUAUCAGCAGCAAAAAUGGAGAUGAAACAUGAUUCUAAAAUAACAACUACACCUACAGUGCUUCAUUCAGCUUCCUCAGGAGUGGAAAAACAAGUUGAACAUGGUCCACAUGCACUAGCAUUUUCAGCUUUGUCAGAAGAAAUUAAAAAAGAAAUGGAACCCAGUUCCUCAACAACCACAGCAUCUGUAACUAAGCUUGAUUCAAACUUAACCAAAGUAGUAAAAGAAGAAAUCUCAACAGAUUCAUCUCUUGUCACUCCUGUAGGUCAUCCAGUCUUAACAAAAGUAGGAAAGGGUGAAUUAGGAAGUGGUUUGCCACCACUGGUAACAUCUACAGAUGAGCAUUCAGUUCUUGCAGAAGAAGACAAGGUGGCAAUUAAAGGUGCUUCUCCCAUUGAAACUUCAUCCAAACAUUUAGCUUGGUCAGAAGCAGAGAAGGAAAUUAAAUUUGAUUCACCUCCAAGUGUCUCCUCUAUAGCAGAGCAUUCUGUUUUGUCAGAAGUUGAAGCCAAAGAAGUUAAAGCUGGGUUGCCAGUAAUCAAAACAUCAUCUUCUCAAUAUUCAGACGAAUCUGAGGAAGCAAGGGUAGAAGAUAAACAAGGUCUUUCAUGUUCUACAGUUCGCGACUCUGAACGUUUGGUUUCAUCACAGAAAAAGAGCUUGGUGUCUACCUCAGCGGUGUUAGGGCCUGAACAUGAGCUUUCACUCAGCCUAUGGGGUGAGAUAAAGAAGGAAGAAACUGAACUUCCUUCAUCACAAAAUGUGUCACCUGCAUCCAAACAUAUAAUUCCAAAAGGCAAAGAUGAGGAAAUAGCAAGUUCAUCUCCUGAGUUGGAAAAUUCAGCAUCAGGUUUAGCUCCAACAUUACUGCUCCUCAGUGAUGGUAAGAACAAACAGGCAGUGGAGGUAUCUUCUACAGACCAGGGAGACUUCCCAUCAGAAAAACAAGACAUUGCUUUGGCAGAGCUGUCUUUGGAACCUGAGAACAAAAACAAGCCACACCAACUGUUGGAAUUACCAAAUGCUGGGUCAGAAUUUGCUAGUGGUUUAGGUAGACAAAGUGGAUCCAUCGGUACAAAACAAGCAAAGUCUCCCAUAACUGAAACAGGGGAUUCUGUUUUAGAAAAAGGCCCAGCUGAGCUUAGGAGCAGAGAAGGAAAAGAAGAAAAUAGAGAACUUUAUGCAUCUGCUACAAUGCCUACAACUUCAGAGCUUUCAUCAUUGCUUAGGGAGGAAUCUCAGAAUGAAGAAAUUAAACCUUUCUCUCCCAAGAUCGUCAGCCUAGAGUUGAAAGAACCACCUGCUUCUGUAGCUGAAGGAGACAACCCAGAAGAAUUUCAGCCAUUUACUUUUUCUUUAAAAGGAUUAUCAGAGGAGGUUAGCCAUCCAGCCGACUUUAAAAAGGGAGGAAAUCAAGAAAUAGGCCCAUUACCACCAACUGGAAAUUUGAAGGCACAAGUCAUGGGAGAUAUUGUAGCUAAGCUAAGUGAAGAAACAGGCCACCCAGAUUCAUCUCAGCUACUACAGAGUGUAACAGAACCAUCAAAGAUUGCUCUUUCUGACCUCCUUGUGGAACAAAAGAACACAGAAAAAGCACUUCAUUCAGAUCAAACUAUUAAAUUGCCUGAUGUAAGCACCUCUUUUGCAGAUAAACAAGAUCUGGAUAUUAAGCAGUUUUCAUUUAUGAAAGAGAAUUUGCCUUUGGAACAAUCAAAAUCAUUUAUGACAACCAAGCCUGCAGAUGUCAAAGAAACAAAAAUGGAAGAAUUCUUUAUUUCUCCAAAGGAUGAAAACUGGAUGUUGGGAAAGCCAGAAAAUGUGGCUAGUCAACACGAAGAGAGAAUAGCAGGAUCUGUGCAGCUGGAUUCCUCUGGCAGCAAUGAGCUGAGGCCAGAGCAGCUCAAGGCUGCUGUGUCCAGUAUGGACCAUAUAUAUGAAGUGAGAAAGCAGGUCUUGCCUCAUUCUGCUGAAGAAUCUCAUUUGUCAUCACAAGAAGCAGUAUCUGCUCUUGAUACUUCCAGUGGUAAUGUAGAGACCUUAUCAUGUAAAAGUUACUCUUCUGAAGAACUAAAGCUGGCUGAAGAACCAAAGCUGGCUGAAGAACCAAAGUCUUUUGUCCUCGCUGGAAAUGUAGAGAGAAAUAUAGCAGAGGAGAAGGAGAGUCAUUCUUUGAUGGAGAGUGAAAGUUUGCUAUUGGAGAAAGCAAACACAGAGUUUUCCUGGCCUUCCAAAGAAGAUAGCCAGGAAAAAAUUAAACUACCUCCUGAAAGAUUCCUCCAGAAACCAGUGUCUGGCCUAUCAGUGGAACAGGUGAAGUCAGAAACAAUCCCCUCUUCUGUCAAAACAACCCAUUUCCUGGCAGAAGGUGUGGAACCGGCACUGGGCAAUGAAAAAGAAGCACACAGGAGCACACCUCCUUUUUCUGGAGAGAAGCCACUGGAAGAAUCGAAAAUGGUUCAGUUGAAGGUUAUUGAUGAUGCUGAUGAGGAAAAGAAACCAGCACCUGAAGUGAAAAUACCCACACAAAGAAAACCCAUCUCCUCACUCCACUCAGAAGAGCCUCAAUCCCCAGAGUCACCUGAGGUGACAGAAAAGCCACCUACACAGCCAAAAGUGGCUAAGCCAGACCUUCCUCAGGAAAAGGGAAAGAAAGGAAUUUCAUCUUUCAAAUCAUGGAUGUCCAGCUUGUUUUUUGGAUCAAACACUCCAGAUAGGAAAGUUGCUGAACAAGAAGACUUAGAAACACUGCCAAGCCCAUCUGUAGAAAAAGCAGUGACUGUGAUAGAACCUGAAGUUACAAUUCCCACCAAUUUUAAUGUAGCUGAGAAACAAGCUGAUCAUUCAUUAUCAGAGGUAAAACUCAAAACUGCUGACGAAUCCCGAGGUACUUUAGUAAAAUCUGGUGAAGGUCAAAACGUUAAAGAAAAAUCCAUAAUUUUGUCAAAUGUAGAAGAUUUACAACAGCCAAAAUCCAUUUCUGAGGUGUCUAGGGAAGAUUAUGGAAAAAAAGAAAUCUCAGACAAUUCAGAGGAAAUGAACAUAAACUCAGUAGUUACUUCUGCUGAUGGUGAGAAACAUCUUGAAAUUCAACCUUAUUCACUAAUCGGUGAGAAACUGAUUAUAGAAGAAGUCAAAACUAUUGUUCCUCUUCAUGUUACUGAUAGUAAAAGAGUCCAGAAGCCAGCAAUUGCUCCUCCAUCUAAAUGGAAUAUUUCUAUUUUUAAGGAAGAGCCAAGAAGUGAUCAAAAAGAAAAAUCACUCCUUUCAUUUGAUGUAGUAGAUAAGGUGCCACAACAGCCAAAAUCAGCUUCCUCCAACUUUGCAAGUAAAAAUAUCACAAAGGAAUCAGAGAAAUCAGAGUCAAUUAUUUUGCCAGUAGAAGAAUCAAAAGGCAGUUUAGUUGAUCUCAGUAAAGACAGACUAAAGAAAGAAAUGCAAAAUCCUACUUCCUUGAAAAUUUCUGAAGAGGAAACAAAACUCAGGUCUGUUAGUCCAACUGAGACGAAAGAUAAUUUGGAAAACAGAUCGUAUACCUUGGCAGAAAAGAAGGUGCUGGCAGAAAAACAAGACUCCGUGGCCCCAUUAGAGCUUAGAGAUAGUAAUGAAAUAGGGAAGACACAAAUUACACAUGGAUCUAGAUCUACUGAACUGGAAGAAUCAAAAGCCAAUGCUAUGCCACAGCACUUCUAUCAAAAUGAAGACUACAGUGAAAGACCCAAAAUCAUUGUUGGUUCUGAAAAGGAGAAAGGUGAAGAAAAAGAAAAUCAGGUAUAUGUGCUUUCGGAAGAAAAGAAGAAGCAGGAACAUCAGCCUUAUUCUGUGAAUGUAGCCGAGUCUAUGAUUAAAGAAUCAGAUAUCUCUUUAGGUCAUUCUUUGGGUGAAACUCAAUCAUUUUCAUUAGUUAAAGCUACAUCAGUUACUGAAAAAUCAGAUGCUAUGCUUUCAGACGCUCAUCCAGAAAUCAGAGAAGCAAAGGCAGUAGCAACCCAACCACAUCCUUUAGAAGAAAGUAAAGUUUUGAUGGAGAAAACCAAGACUUUCCUGCCGGUGGCUCUUCCUUGUCGUGAUGAAAUAGAGAACCACUCUUUAUCUCAUGAAGGAAAUCUAGUAUUAGAAAAGUCAAGCAGAGAUAUGCCAGAUCACAGUGAAGAAAAAGAACAGUUCAGAGAGUCAGAGCUAUCGAAAGGUGGUUCAGUAGAUAUCACAAAAGAAAGUAUGAAACAAGGAUUUCCAACUAAAGAAUCCGAAAGGACUUUAGCUUAUCCUUUUGAUGAAACUAAGAGCUCAGAAACACCACCAUAUUUGCUGUCAUCUGUAAAACCACAAACUCUAGUUUCAGGAGAUUCUCCAGAAAUUAAUGCAAUGAAGAAACAAGAAAUGCCACAAUCAGAAUUGACUCCAGAAAGGCAUACAGUUCAUACUAUUCAGACAUCUAAAGAUGACACAUUCGAUGUGCCUAAACAAUCUGUUCUUGUUUCAAAGCACCACUUGGAGGCUGUGGAAGAUACCCAUGUAAAGGAACCACUGUCUUCAGCAAAAAGCAACUAUGCUCAAUUUAUAUAUAGUGCAUCAGCAAGCAAUGCUGAUAAAAUGGUUUCUAAUAAAGAAAUGUCCAAAGAGCCUGAAGACACGUAUGCAAAAGAUGAAGACUUUACAGUGACUAGUAAGCCAGCUGGACUUUCAGAAGAUCAGAAGACUGCCUUUAGUAUCAUUUCUGAAGGCUGUGAGAUAUUGAAUAUUCAUGCUCCUGCCUUUAUUUCUUCAAUCGAUCAGGAAGAAAGUGAACAAAUGCAAGAUAAGUUAGAAUAUUUGGAAGAGAAAGCCUCAUUUAAAACCGUACCACUCCGUGAUGAUAGUGAAACAGUUGCUUGUCACAAAACAUUAAAGAGCAGGUUAGAAGAUUCUGAUGAAAAAGUUACAUCAUUGAAAGAAAGUAAACAAAAGGAAACUCGUCAUACAGAAGAAAAGACAUCCACAGAUUCAGAAACUGGUGAUUUAUCUUUUAUUCAGUCCACAAUUCCCAGUGAAGAGGAUUAUUUUGAAAAAUAUACUUUGAUUGAUUAUAACAUCUCCCCAGACCCAGAAAAACAGAAAGCUCCACAGAAAUUAAAUGUUGAAGACAAACUCUCAGAGGAAGUUACAGAAGAAGCGAUCUCUUUCCCAGUAAGUUCAGUGGAAAGUGCACUAGAACAUGAAUAUGACUUGGUGAAAUUAGAUGAAAGUUUUUAUGGACCGGAAAAGGACCACAAUAUAUUAUCUCAUCCGGAGACCCAAAAGUCUUUGGGUAUCCAAAAAUCAGCUGACAGAAAUGUUUCAAAGGACGUAAAGAGAGAUGCGGACUCAAAGUCACCUGGGAUGCCUUUAUUUGAAGCAGAGGAAGGAGUUUUGUCACGAACCCAGAUAUUUCCUACCACUAUUAAAGCCAUUAAUCCGGAACUUCUGGAGGAGCCACCUGCACUUGCAUUUUUAUAUAAGGAUCUGUAUGAAGAAGCAGUUGGAGAGAAAAAGAAGGAAGAGGAGACAGCUUCUGAAGGUGACAGUGUGAAUUCUGAGGCAUCAUUUCCCAGCAGAAAUUCUGACACUGAUGAUGGAACAGGAAUAUAUUUCGAGAAGUACAUACUCAAAGAUGACAUUCUCCAUGACACAUCUCUAACUCAAAAGGACCAGGGCCAAGGUCUGGAAGAAAAACGAGUUGGUAGGGAUGAUUCAUACCAACCGAUAGCUGCAGAAGGGGAAAUUUGGGGAAAGUUUGGAACUAUUUGCAGGGAGAAGAGUCUGGAAGAACAGAAAGGUGUUUAUGGGGAAGGAGAAUCAGUAGGCCAUGUGGAGACUCUUGAUAAUAUAGCAAUGCAGAAGAAAGCUCCCAUCAGAGAGGACAUCAGAGUGGCUACCCAAAAAAUAAGUUAUGCAGUUCCAUUUGAAGACACCCAUCAUGUUCUGGAGCAUGCAGAUGAAGCAGGCAGUCAGGGUAAUGAAGUCGAAAAUGCAAGUCCAGAGGUCAGUCUGAAUGUCCCAGUACAAGUGUCCUUCCCGGAGGAAGAAUUUGCAUCUGGUGCAACUCAUGUUCAAGAAACACCACCAGAAGAACCUAAAAUCCUGGUCCCACCUGAGCCAACUGAAGAGAGGCUCCGUAGUAGCCCUGUUCAGGAUGAGUAUGAAUUUGCAGAAUCUUUGCAUUAUGAAGUGCUUCCUCAAGACAUUUUAUCAGAAGAACUGUCUUCAGAAUCCAGACCUGAAGAUGUCUUAUCUCAAGGAAAGGAAUCCUUUGAGCACAUCAGUGAAAAUGAAUUUGUGAGUGAGACAGAGCAAAGUACAUCUGCUGAACAGAAAGAGUUGGGCAGCGAGUGGAAAGAAGAAAACCAAUUAUCAUCUGAGUUAGUAACUGAAAAGGCACAAAAAGAGCUGAAAAAGUCCCAGAUUGACACAUACUGUUACACCUGCAAAUGUCCAAUUUCUGCCACUGACAAGGUGUCUGGCACCCACAAAGACCAUGAGGUUUCAACGCUUGACACAGCUAUAAGUGCUGUAAAGGUUCAAUUAGCAGAAUUUCUAGAAAAUUUACAAGAAAAAUCCUUGAGGAUUGAAGCCUUUGUUAGUGAGAUAGAAUCCUUUUUUAAUACCAUUGAGGAAAACUGUAGUAAAAAUGAGAAAAGGCUAGAAGAACAGAAUGAGGAAAUGAUGAAGAAGGUUUUAGCACAGUAUGAUGAGAAAGCCCAGAGCUUUGAGGAAGUGAAGAAGAAGAAGAUGGAGUUCCUGCAUGAGCAGAUGGUCCACUUUCUGCAGAGCAUGGACACUGCCAAGGACACCCUGGAGACCAUCGUGAGAGAAGCAGAGGAGCUUGACGAGGCUGUCUUCCUGACUUCGUUUGAGGAAAUCAAUGAAAGGUUGCUUUCUGCAAUGGAGAGCACUGCUUCUUUAGAGAAAAUGCCUGCUGCGUUUUCCCUUUUUGAACAUUAUGAUGACAGCUCGGCAAGAAGUGACCAGAUGUUAAAACAAGUGGCUGUUCCACAGCCUCCUAGAUUAGAACCUCAGGAACCAAAUUCUGCCACCAGCACAACGAUUGCAGUUUAUUGGAGCAUGAACAAGGAUGAUGUCAUUGAUUCAUUUCAGGUUUACUGCAUGGAGGAGCCACAAGAUGACCAAGAAGUAAAUGAGUUGGUAGAAGAAUACAGACUGACAGUGAAAGAAAGCUACUGCAUUUUUGAAGAUCUGGAACCUGACCGAUGCUAUCAAGUGUGGGUGAUGGCUGUGAACUUCACUGGAUGUAGCCUGCCCAGUGAAAGGGCCAUCUUUAGGACAGCACCCUCCACCCCUGUGAUCCGCGCUGAGGACUGUACUGUGUGUUGGAACACAGCGACUAUCCGAUGGCGGCCCACCACCCCAGAGGCCACGGAGACCUACACUCUGGAGUACUGCAGACAGCACUCUUCUGAGGGCGAGGGCCUCAGGUAAGGGGCCCUCUCCAUGGGAGAGACUGCCCAGAGCCCAGGAACCAAGCUCCUGGCCCUAAACUACCCUCUGGCUUCUGCUCACCAAGGGAGAAAUGUAGCCUAAAAUCCUGCUGAGCUAAUGAAGCCGCUGACUUGAUUUGCAGCUCUAUCAUGGUUCAUCAAUGAACUCCAAGUUUGUAAUAAAACACAUGCUACAAUGAGAAUAA